UGGUGAUGCUUUAAGCCUCAUGAUAUAAUCCCAGAAAAACCCUCCCUCUACUUCACAUUAAUCUCCUCUCUUCAAUCUUCCCUAGCCUAGUUACCUUGCUUGCUCCUAGCUACAGCUAUUUUCCUCAACCUCUCUCUCUCUCUCUCUCUCUCUCUCUCGCAUGGAUUUUCGGCCCAAUACUUCUCUUCAUCUAAGCCUACCCAACGACCAAGUCAAUUUAGAUCUUGUCCUGGAGCCAUCAUACACGUCUUCCUCAUCAUCUCUCAGUGCUUCAGAACAACCGCGUGUGUUUUCUUGCAACUAUUGCCAGAGAAAGUUUUACAGCUCACAAGCACUUGGAGGCCACCAAAAUGCUCACAAGCUCGAGCGGACUUUAGCCAAGAAAAGCAGAGAGCAGCUAAGCUCCGCUGCCCGAGCUCAUGGAGGCUCGAACCAGAGGCCUGCAGGGUCUAAUAGCUUCAGCGAUUCAAGUCAUCCAAGGCAAAUUCACGAGGCACAUAAUCUUGGUGGGUUGAAAGAACAUCAAGGACAUGCUGGUAGGUUUGCUGGCCAUAUGAACUGUGGAUAUAGGCCUGAGAAUAAUGUUGAGGAGGAGAUUGGCCACCUUGACUUGUCUUUGAGGCUUUAAGUUAGAUUUGCACACAUUAAAUUUUCAAAUUACUUUAUGAUGUGAUGGAGUUUCAUAUGUUAAAUUUUCAAAUUAGA